UGUCACCUUUCUAUAUUUUCGUUUACGUCUCACGUGCCUUGUACUUUAUGUAAACGUUAUAUUUCUUCGCGGUUCUCGACAACAAACUCGAUGUCGCAAGAUACCCUCCGCCACCCCACAUUGAAGUGUUUACUCCGCGGCAAGCCCUCCACAUCAACCGUCCAGUUCCGGAACCUCAAAUACGCAUCGAUACCGGGGCGAUGGCAAGAUUCGUCACCAAACGGCUCCCUACGGCCACUUGCUGAUGGCUUAUACGAUGCAACCAAGUUCGGGCCUUCGUGUCCGCAGGGGCGCGCAGGACAGGCGUGGGACCUAACGCUUGUGGGAAACGUUUCGAUGCCCUUGGGAGAGGGCCAUGGUGAAAAGGAAUGGAUGGAUGAAAACGAGUGCUUGAACGUCAAUGUCACCGUGCCGAAAGCCGCCCUCGAGGAGAGAGGAAAGGCCAAGGGCCUGCCGGUGUUCGUCUGGGUGCAUGGUGGUGGAUUGAGCAUAGGCAGCAACAGCUGGCCGCAAUAUAAUCUCACCAGACUGAUAGAGCGAAGCAUCGAGAUCGGCAAACCAGUCAUUGGCGUCUCGAUCAACUACCGACUCGGCGUACUGGGUUUCUUGACGAGCAGAGAGCUGGGCACUGAUGGCAAUUACGGGUUUAAAGACCAGCUGCUGGCGUUUCGAUGGGUGAAAAAGCACAUCGCCGGCUUUGGUGGUGAUCCCAAUAACAUUACCGCAGCAGCAGAGUCUGCGGGCGGGAUUUCGCUCUCGACGUUGCUAUGCGCAGAUGUGGGUGAGGGAUUAUUUGAUAGGGUUGUCAUCAUGAGUGGUGAGACGACGCUUAGGAAACCGAGGAGCAGGGCGUGGCAUGAGGAGAUGUAUCAGGAUCAACUCAAGUUGCUUAGUCUGCAAGAGGCAAAUGUCGGGGAGAGGACCCGGAUAUUGAGAAGCAUGCCUGCGGAAGAGCUCCAAAGCAAGCUACCGCUCGCGCAGCACUUUUGCGCUUGUGUGGAUGGGAAAUUCCUGAAGGAAGAUGUGACAUUGAGUCGGUUAAGCAAUGGGAAACGCAGGCAGCAUAAGCCAGCGUGGUGCAAAGAAUUCGUGAUCGGGGACACAGCGCACGAUGGAACCUGUCUCAAAACGCGAAUCCUCGACAAUCCCAAAGCCUUCGCCCUCCUCAAAUCCCUCUGCGACCGCCACUUGACUUCCUCCGAAACCGCCAAUCUGCUUUCCGCCUACAACCUCCCCGCUCCCUCCGCCGAGCAAGAAAAGCAUACCCUUCUCGAAUUAGCUUCUGAGCUUCGCUUCUAUCUGCCUACACUCGCCGUCCACGUAGGCUGGAAAAAUGUUUCCCCGCCAAAACUCGCUCGUCGAUAUCACUUCCACGUUCCAAACCCGGUUGAAGGAGCUUUCAAAGGGCUCUCCUCGCAUGAACUUGACGUCACGUUCCUAUUGCAGAACUUCAAUGAGCAUUUUGAUGAGCGGGGUAGAGAGGUUGCGCAGCAGAUGGCGGACCAGUGGAUCACGUUCGCGAAUGGCGAGGACUGGUGUGAUGUGGGGAAGGUGGUGGUUAUUGGAAAUGAGGGAGUGGUGAAGGUGGAUGAAGAAGCGUAUGAUGAUAGGUUUAGAGGCGGAAGAGGGAAGGUGUUGGAGAGCAUAGGGGCGCAGAAGCUUUGGAAGGUCGCGGAGCUGUGGCAGGGUGUGAGGAGUGAUAUUGGGGGAACCGACACGACUAGGUACGAUUAUGGGUCGGCGAAGCUCUGAAGACGAGUUGUUGUCGGCAUGGUGUGGGAAUUGGGGUGCUUAUGACGCAUUCCCGGGGACUGUGCGUUCGCGGAGAGUCGGCGAUAGGGACUGACGUAUCACUCCUUGGAGUCAUUCUGGCUCCGCUAUUUAAGUCGAU